CACGGGCACCAUGGAACCCAUGCCGCUGCAGGACUUCAUACGCACCCUGAACCUCGCCUCCCUCCCGCGCGUGCUGCGAAUCUCCUCGGGGUACUAUUAUUCAAGCUCCAUCUAUGACAUCGGGGGGAAAGAAUGCUGCCUUUGCACGGGGGACCUGAUGAAGGUUACCCAGGUUCACCUCCAGUAUGUGACCUACGAAAACCCGAAGAUGAAAAUGGUGAUCAGGACGAUUGACCCCAACUUCCAGGGCCACUUCAUCCCCCUCAACAUCUCUCAGUGCUACCAAACCCUGGGGGAGCUGGUCUUUGACAUAGAGCGGAGCUCCAAGCAGCAGCUGCCCAUUUACAUCAUGUCGACCUGCAGGAUUGUCACAGAGGGCAGGGUGGUGACUGACGACGAGGUCCUCAUUUUUGAGGCUGUGGCACGGCACCACCACACCUCCUGUGCCCGCUGCGUCCUGGUCACAGAGGAUGAGCGGGUCAUCCUGCACCUGCCCCUAAAGCAGAGGGGGCCCUUCAGGAUAUUGGAAGCCGGUGCUCCUCAAACUCUGCUCCAGGCCCUGCAGGAACCGAAUGGCCAGCUCUUCACCUGCCCCGCCCUGCCCUGGGACCACGUGACCCUGAGGCCCACGUAUGAGAUCGAAGCCAUCAUGCACAUGCGCAGGACCAUCGUCACAAUCCCCUCCAAUCUGGAGGUCGACGUGGAGGACGUCACCGCCUCCUCACAGCACAUCCACUUCAUCCAGCCACUGCUGCUGAGUGAGGUCCUGGCCCGGGAAGGCCCCUUUCCCCUCUCCGUGGAGAUCCUGGAGGUUCCUGAAGGGCGCCACAUCUUCCUCAGCCCAUGGGUACAAUCCUUGAGGAGAGGCCAGAGGCUUCGCAUCCAUGGCGUAGCCUCACCACCCUGGCGGGUCCUGGCCUCAAACAAGGGCCACAGGGUGCCCAGGUACUUCCUGGUGUCAGGGGCCUACCAGGGCAAGCUGCGGCGGCGGCCACGGGAGUUCUCCACGGUCUAUGACCUCCUGGGUGCAUUCCAGCCAGGCCGGCCACUCCGGGUGGUGGCCACAAAGGACUGUGAGGGCGAGAGAGAGGAGAAUCCUGAGUUCACAUCCCUGGCUGUGGGCGACAGGCUGGAGGUACUGGGGCUUGGCCUGGCCCAUGGGGCCCAGGGCAGUGACAUUGAUGUCUUGGUUUGUCAGCGGCUGAGUGAUGAGGAUGAGGAGGAAGAGUGUGAAGAGGAGGCAGAGAGCCCAGAGCGGGUCCUGCUGCCCCUCCACUUCCCUGGCAGCUUCGUGGAGGAGAUGAGUGACAGCCGGCGCCACAGCCUGGCGGAUCUGAUUGCCCAGUUCUCACUGCCUUGUGAGGUCAGGGUGAUGGUCAAGGAUCCCAGUUACCCCAGUGACCCUCUGACUGCUGUACUGGGUCUGCAGCUGGAGGAGAAGAUCACAGAGCCCUUCUUGGUGGUCAGCCUGGAUUCUGAGCCUGGAAUGUGCUUCGAGAUCCCUCCCCGGUGGCUGGACCUGACUGUCGUGGAGGCCGAGGUGCUGUCAGACCGGCCAGGGGGGUCUGUGCCCAUAGCCACAGUGGAGGAGCUGCCAGACACCUUCUAUUACACUCUUCGGAAGUUAGCAGCCUGUGAGAUCCAAGCCCCUCCACCAAGGCCCCCGAAAAGUCAGGGACUCAGUGGGCAGCAGAGACACAGCAGCAAGAAGGGAGGCGUCAAGUCUUCUCAAGUCUUAGGACCGAAGCAACCCCCUCUGCUACCCAAACCCAAGGCGAAGACCUUGCCAGAGUUCACCACGGAUAGCUCCAGUACGUACACCAAGAUUCCUGGCCACAAGAAGGGCCACAGGCCCACUAAGCCCCAAACACAGGAUCUAGACGAUGAUGAACAUGAUUAUGAAGAAAUACUUGAGAGCUUUCAGAAAACCAUCUGAGUUCUGGAGGAACCGUGCGUCCUAACUGCUGCUUCUCAGGGAAUCUGACGCCCGCUAAGUGUUACAAGCCUCUAAAAGACCUCGGGCAAGGCCUCAGAGAAACUGAAGUGCGCACAGGGAAUGGCUGUGUGGGGACUGAUUUGAUGCACACUGCACCAGCUUCCUUCAGGUUCCAGAUUCCUGCUACUUAGGGUGGGCUGGUUUGGACCUGACACCCCGCACAUGACUCCCUCAGCCUCAGAGCCUUGGGGUGCAGAGCAGCUAGCCGGGCUCCUCAAUCCUGCAGCCCCAGCUGUCCCACCGAUGGGUGCAGAUGAGAAUCAGGCCACCAACCUUGGUGAUACCAGCGGCUCUCAGUCAAGAGGAUUCCAUCCUGAUCACUGCAUGGGAGAUUUUGGGAAGGUUUGCCAACCCGACUCUCACCCCCAAGCUCUAAGCCCCGGGAGGCCUGGACUGUGUUCCUCGUGUCUGGAACACCUAGCCUGAUAGAUCCCCAUGUGGUAAACGGGUGUCAUUAAUGUGGGAACCUGGCUUCAAGAGCAGAAUCUUAGGACCUUGGCCCACAAAAGCCGGUGAAAUGAGGGGAGCCAAUCAUAGAAUGAAAAUGAGCUUCUACAUAGAUGAGAACAGCUAUCAUUUAUUAAGUUCUGACUAUGUGCCAGGCACUUACAAACCAUAUCCAAAUCCUCAACUUUCCGAGGUACAGAAUGGCCUGAUUUUAAGAUUAGGGAAGAGUCUGUGUGGCCAAGUACAUUUGGAUGCUGACCAGCUGCAGUUAAGGGUGAGGACUUGGAAAGUAUGAGACUGGGUUAGGAUCCCAGCUUGCUACCUACCAGCCAGGACCAUGAGCAAGUUUUUUUUUCCUUUCUUUCUAUGAGCAAGUUGUUCUAACCUGUUUCAGUUUUCUGACAUGUCAAAUGAAACUAGUUACUACCUCAGAUUUACUGUUUUAAGGAUCCAGUGAGAUAAUCUUUGUAAAGCAUUUAGCACAGUGCCUGGCACAUACUAAACAUUCAACGAACAUGUAUCAUGAUUGAGCAAGAUCAUAUAGCUGUCCUGCCUUCAAAGCCUCUGCUUUCCACCCCCCCAGUGUUUCCUAGUCAUAGGAUACAUCCCAGUGUUAAAAAUAAACCAUAUCCCUAG